UUCUUGGGCGAUCUCGGGCGAUCACCGCUGCGGUCCGGGCGAUCGCUCCAAAGAACGUUCUUGCUAGCGGGCGCAUUCUUUCCUUUCUUUGCUGCCAAGAAAAGAAGGGAGGAGGGGCCGUGGAGGAGAGGGAGAGGAGAAUCGAGAGUCCUGGCGCUCUAGGCUAGGGCUAGAAAUCGUGCGCAGGGAUUGGAAGGAGAGAGGAAGAGGAGAGAGCGCCUCUCGGUGUGAGAUUUUCUAGGGUUUGUGGAUGGACGAGGCAUGGCAGCGCGCCGUGGAGACGGCGCUGGGCGGCGAGGAUCCAUCCACAGCACAGGCGCUCAUGCUCGACGGCUGCGUUAAGUGCUCGCAGGGCCGCCUCCCACCCAGGUCUCUCCUCGAGCAGCUCAUCCAGCUUACCACGCUCUCCAUCGCCAACACGGGCAUCUCGACGCUGGCCGAUUUCCCGCGCCUCGCGCGCCUGGAGCAGCUCUCGCUCAGCGACAAUCGCAUUGCUGGUGGCCUGGAUCAUCUGGUCGAGGCGGGGCUCCACUCGCUCCGGGAUCUCGACCUGUCCAACAACAAGAUUCACAGCCUCGAGGAUCUGUCGCCGCUCACCCGGCUGAGGCUCGUCUCGCUCGAUCUCUACGAGUGCCCGGUGACCAAAGUUCCCAAUUACAGGGCCCAGGUGUUUGGGAUGAUCAAGACGCUCAAGUAUCUCGACAAGGUGGACGCGGACAACAACGAGAGGCCCGAGUCCGAGGAGGAGGAGUCCGAGGAGGAGGAUGGGGAGGAUGCUAACAGCGAGGGCGUAGACGAGGAGGAUCUCGGCGGCCACCAAAAGCAUGCAAACGGGCAAAGGCCACCGAAUCUCUCCUCUUCUAAGGAUGGCGAGGAUGAGGAAGACGAAGAAGAUGGCGGCGAGAAUGAAGAGCUCGACGAGGAAGAGGAAGAGGAAAGCUUCCAGGAGUUGGCUGCCUCCGCCGGUGGCGCUCCGGGCGGGGUUGCUGGUGGUGUUGGCGGCGGCGGUGCCGCCGCCGUUGCUACUGCCAGUGGCGGGCAGGACGAGGAGAAUGGGUCCGACUACGAGGAAGUGGAGGACGAGGAGGACGAAGAUGGAGACAACGUGGUCGAGGUUCACGAUGUUCAUGACAGUGAUGAGGAGCUGGCGGCGGAGGAGGAGGAGGAUGAAGAUGGCGAGGACGAGGAGGAGCUCCUGGAGCAAGCGCCGGGAGGGGCGGGAGGAGGAGGAGGAGGAGUGGCGGCUCCGCCGAUGGCUGCCGCUGAGGGCGAUGUAGAGAUCCAGGAGGAGGAUGAGAACGGGGAGAUUGGCGAGGACGAUGACGAUGACGAAGAGGAGGACGAGGAGGAGGAAGAGGAAGAAGAGGUCGAGGAAGACUAUGGAACGGACUAUCUCGUGCAACCGAUAAUGCAACAAGAGGAAGACGAGGGCGCGAGCGACUUCGAGCCGGGUGAAGGAGACGAGGAGGAAGACGAGGAAUUCGACGAGGAGGAGACUCCCACCACGGACGACACCCCCGCGACAGCAACCGCGACCACCACCACAACAAUAACAACCGCGGCAGCAGUAGCCACGACAGUAGCAGCGACAGGAUCCUCGCGGAAGAAGCGAAGUAGAGGAACCGAGGAGGACGAGGAGGAGAUUGUUGACACGAGAGAGCGGCCUCACAAGCGCUGAUGAGAGGGAAAAAAUUUCUCUAUAGGAAAGCGAGCUGGAAUUUGGAAGGAAAGAGGAAAAAAGGAAGAACACACACAACACAGGGAAGGGUGAAAGGAUUUGACACGGGUUUUCUGAUUUUGCUCCUCAAAAUUUGCGUUUUGCUGCUGCUAGCGAUCUGAUCUGACCGACUGGUGUAAGAUAUGAAAGAAGAGAUUUGAGAGAGAGAGAAGAGAGAGAUGGAUGAUCCAACCACAACAACGCGGCGAGAAAAAAGUUUGAGGAGUAUAUAGCUGUUCUUUGUUCUUCGAGGGGGAAAGAUCUUGUCUUUGUUUCUUUUACUGACAAACCAAAAACUUUGUACAAGGAUGGCAUUGUUUUUCCGAGCGAGAGAGCUGAAAAUUU